AUGUCUGAUUACAACCCCGAUGAUUGUACGUUGCAAACGUGCCCGUUGAGUGCUGCGUAUAUCGAAUAUCAGCCGAACCUCGCAGGAAAUAUCUUUUUCAUUGCGGUUUUCGCAGUGCUGCUGGUCUGCCAAAUUGGCACAGGUAUCGUGUUUCGAGCUUGGACUUUCAUGGUUCCCAUGGUUGCCGGUUUGAUAUUAGAGGUGAUAGGAUACCUGGGCCGAGUACUCUUACACAACAACCCAUUUGACUUUAAUUCUUUCUUGAUGUACCUUAUAUGUCUCACCAUUGCACCAGCUUUCUUUACGGCCGGCAUCUAUCUAUGCCUUGGGCGUAUCAUUGCCGUUUAUGGCGAGGAAUAUUCACGACUAAAGCCGCGAACUUAUGUUUACAUAUUCGUCACCUGUGAUUUGAUUUCUCUCAUACUACAGGCUGCUGGCGGUGCUGUGACUUCUAUUGCCGAUGAGCAAUCUUUGCAAGACACCGGAGUCAACAUUAUGAUCGCUGGUUUAGUCUUUCAAGUCGCGUCCAUUAUUGUGUUUUGUAUCCUCGUCAUUGAAUAUGGAGUCCGCGUCGUACGAGGGAAGUGUGCAACUUCAGAGAAGCGUCAAGUGAGCUGGAGAAGGAGAUCAUUUCUGAUCGGCCUGGCGACUGCAGUUCUGACAAUCUUGAUUCGGUCCACGUUUCGCGUGGCGGAGCUCCAGGGUGGAUUCAGCAGUAGUCUGGCGAAUGACGAGAUAGCCUUGAUGAUUCUCGAGGGCGCCAUGAUUUCCAUCGCCUGUAUCUGCCUUACAGCAUUACAUCCAGCUUUACUCGUGGGAAAAGGUUGGAGGAAGCCUGAGCCUCUCACUCAGCGAUCUGACUCGGAAGUUGAGUUAAGUUGA